ACACAAGUUCGAUAUUUUCUGCUCCGUUUUCCCGCUAAAAGUUUGUCUUUACGGUGUCUGUGGUUCUUUGGUACUGCCAUAAACCCGGUCCACUGAGGGACCACCGCGGUAGAACCGGGUCCGGGUCAGGAGUUUAGGAAGUGAGAGAAGGAAACUACGCCCCCCACAAUGCACUGCGCCCCCAGAGCCCAGUCAGUAUUUAACCGGCUAACGCUCCGGUGCUGCGUUUAACAGAACCGACACCGGAACGGACGGAGGGGUAGAGCUCGGCUGAAGUCCGCUGGUUCCGUUGGUCCGUUACGCUCUCUGACUCGGUCCGUGUUGGUUCCGUCGGUCCGGUUCUUCCGUCUGAGUCAUGACUUCACCGGUUAUUGUCAGUUAGCGCUGCUAGGCUAGGCUAGGCUAGGCUAGGCUAGGCUAACGCGGUGCUCUCCCGCACAGGUGAACUAACUUCCCGCAGGGUGUCACAGAAAUGUCCUUCCCGCUGUAUUAAGAGGAAAUACCGAGUUUACAACAGUUCCGAGCUCCAGAGACCCGAACCGAGCCGAACCGAGCCGAACCAUGACCCUGGCCCCGAAGGAGCUGUCCAACCUGCUGAGCAUCAUCUCGGAGGAGGCGAGCACGAACACCUUCGAGAGCCUGUCGGCGCACUUCCACCACUACUUCGGGAAAGCGGAGCACUUCCGGGUGGGUUCGGUUCUGGUGAUGCUCCUGCAGCAGCCGGACCUGCUGCCCAGCUCCCCGCAGCGGCUCACCGCGCUCUACCUGCUCUGGGAGAUGUACCGAACCGAGCCGCUGGCCGCGAACCCGUUCGCCGCGGUGUUCGCCCACCUGCUGAACCCGGCACCGGCCGGGGAGGAGCAGGAGAGGGUGCUGUCCGGCUUCCUGCCCCCCAUCACGCAGCCUGAGAAGUUCUUCCUGUCCCAGCUGAUGUUGGCGCCGCCCAGAGAUCUGUUCAAGAAGACUCCCCGUCAGGUUUCCUGUAUGGACGUCGGCAACAUGCCCCAAUCCAUCGACAUCAGCGGGCUGCAGCUGGCACUAGCAGAGCGACAGUCGGAGCUGCCCACUCAGAGUAAGGCCAGCUUCCCCAGCAUCCUCAACGACCCCGACCCAGACUCCUCCAACUCGGGCUUCGACAGCUCCGUGGCCAAUCAGAUCAUAGAGUCUCUGGUCACCGGGCCCCGCCCCCCUCUGGAGAGUCACUUCCGGCCCGAGUUCAUCCGCCCGCCGCCUCCGCUCCACGUGUGCGAGGACGAGCUGGCGUGGCUGAACCCCACGGAGCCGGAUCACAGCGUCCAAUGGGAUCGCUCCAUGUGCGUGAAGAACAGCACCGGGGUGGAGAUCAAACGCAUCAUGUCCAAAGCCUUCAAGAGCCCGCUGUCGGCCCAGCAGCAGUCCCAGCUGCUGGCCGAGCUGGAGAAGGACCUGAAGCUGGUGUACCACAUCGGUCUGUCCCCGGCGAAGCUUCCUGACCUGGUGGAGAACAACCCCCUGGUGGCCAUCGAGAUGCUGCUGAAGCUGAUGCAGAGCAGCCAGAUCACAGAGUACUUCUCCGUGCUCGUCAACAUGGACAUGUCCCUGCACUCCAUGGAGGUCGUCAACAGGUUGACCACAGCGGUGGAUUUACCUCCAGAGUUCAUCCACCUCUACAUCUCCAACUGCAUCUCCACCUGUGAGCAAAUCAAAGACAAAUACAUGCAGAACCGUCUGGUCCGUCUGGUCUGCGUCUUCCUGCAGUCUCUGAUCCGGAACAAGAUCAUUAAUGUCCAGGACCUGUUCAUCGAGGUCCAGGCCUUCUGCAUUGAGUUCAGCCGCAUCCGCGAAGCCGCCGGCCUGUUCCGGCUCCUGAAGACCCUGGACACCGGAGAAAACCCCCCGAGGCCAAACCCGCCAAAUAAUGAGCCUCAGAGACGUUUGGUUCACGUCUGUGAGCAGAAACUGUAAAUAUGUAGGGACGCUUUGUUUAAAGUCCUCUGGACCGAGUCCCCGUUCCCCCCCGCCCCCCUUCAGAACCAGGACACAUCCAGCAUUUAGUUUUUUACCACCGCGCUCUCUUUCCUUUGGAAAUGAAUCUUUCUCUAAUUAAACACAUUGUUUAAUUCA